ACGCAUUUCAAGUUUCCACGCCCACCACCGAUACCUGCCAAUUUCACCCCGUUCCCUCCACAUAAUUUCUCUUGUUCCGCUGUCGCAUUGAUCGCAAAAUGCCGAAGUCAAAGAGAGCAAGGGUUGUCCACCUGUCCAAGGUGGAAAAGAAGACGAAGGAGGAUCUCCAACUCCUCCAGACCAAUGUGGAAGAGGCCGCCGAGAAGUACCCGUACGGAUAUGUGGUGUUUGUGGACAACAUGCGGAACAACCAUCUCAAAGGCGUGCGGACGAGCUUAGCAGCGGAUAGCAGGAUAUUCUUUGGACGGAACCGAAUCAUGGCGAGAGCGAUGGGCACGACGCCAGCGACCGAGCCGCAGCCCGGAUUGCACACCCUGUCCGAGCAUCUAGAUGGACCGACCGGUCUGAUCUUCUCGUCCCGGAAGCCCGACGACCUCCUCGAAGACCUGAAGUCCAUGACCAGCGGGGCAUACGGUCGUGCGGGCACCGUCGCGUCCCGGAAAUACGUCGUCCCUGCGGGCAUCGUGUAUACACGAGGGGGAGAGAUCCCGGCGAAGGAUGAUGUAAAGGUCACGGCUAUGCAAGAGGUGCAUUUGCGGGCGCAGGGACUACCCACACGGUUAGAGAAGGGAGAUGUCCUCCUCGAUGAGGACUACACAGUGUGCAAAAAGGGUGAGGUUCUCACAGGGCACCAAAGCGCGAUAUUGAAAUUCUUCGGUGUCGAAGUGGCGGAGUUCCAGGUGAGAGUGAAGGCGUAUUGGAGUGCAGAGGCACAGACAACGACGGUAUUGGAUGACAGUGCGGAGAAGGGAGAUGAGGACACCGACAUGGACGCGUAGAGCGAGGACUGAGGAGGAUUGCUGAGCCUGCUUUGUCGGUUUCUUGAAUCACGGCGUCAAUACGGAAAAUUAUACGGGGUAAAUUCCCAGGCGGCGUUUUAGGUCAAGCAGGUGGGAGCAAUUGUGAUGUAAUUUACGCGGUAUACGCCAAUGAAUAUAUCAAACUUGAAGAUUACGACAGUGCUGGCUGAUUCAUUGGAAGACACAUCCAAA